GAAAAUGAACAGGAUAAGGCGAAGUCAAAGAGCGUAAAACGCGAUGUUGAAGAGGAGAGGAAAAAACGUCGACGUACGCUAGAAGCUGAACGAGAACGAAAACGUGAAAGUCAUGACAACCGGAAGAAAUUGCGGGAGAUGGAAGAAUUCAUAAAGGCAAUGUCGUGUGCGAGUCACCGUAUGCACACUGGACGGUGUUUGUGUAUCCACUCAUCGUUACAGCUUCUUGAUCUAGCGAUGCAAUCUCUCCUGUUGAAUCAUGGCCUCCUGCCUUGUCCUCUGUCAUUAGUUCCAAGUUCGCCACCUGCAGGCCUGGUGAAGACUUUGGAUGGUAUCGAAAAAGUUCGCGAAGUUCUGCGAGGGGUUUUUCGUUCCAAAUAUCGUCGUUCUAUACGUGAAGUAGCGAUUUGCGUUGGACCCAAUCCUCAUCGGAUUAUUCACACCUAUAAAAUGCCAGUUACAAUAUGCAAUGCGGAGGACUCGCACGACGAAAACUGUGGCUCGCCAUGCGGAUCACUCUCAGAUGUGGAGAAACGUCGGAUUAACCGGCAGCUGUUUUUGGCAUUUCCUCCGGAAGAGGCACGCCAUUCCGGUCAGAGAAUGUUCGUAUUCAUUCGAGGAUACGAUGAGUUGGUGAGGGAAGAUAUUGAGGAAAGUGAUGUUUUCUUCCAUGAUGAUAAAUGUAGCUUAGUAGAAUUUGAUCACGAGGGGUGUUCAACGCAGCUUUCGGAAACCACUGAACGUGCGUAUCGAUGGAUGCGUGUGGUGCCAUUCAUUGUCCAUGGUAAAGUAUGA